AUGGAAUCAGGACCGUUAGCGCGGCCAGGGCUUGAGCCACCGCCCGGGCUCAUCCGGUGGGAUACCGAAAUUUUCCUCAUGACUUUUGUUCACAAACUGAGCCAAUGCCUCCAGGACAACCCCCAGCAACUUACCCGAGACUCUUCCUUCCUCCAGGUUGUUAAGACCCUGGUUAGCGAGCAACGCAAGCUGUUAGCCAUAACCGACAACCUCGUGACCUGGGUCCAGGAGCUAGGCGGGUUAGUGGAAAGGGUUAAGGAGCUCGGGGGUGUUUUCAAGGAGGCGGUUAACGAGGCGCUGCGAGAGGUUACGCAGAUGGCGGCGCUGGGCAGGCGUGUUAUUUCUGAGCAGGGUUUUAGAGUGACGGCGGACCUUCAACUGGCUUGCCUGGAUGACGUGCUAGGUCGAAUUGAGCCCGUUCAUUCUUACCCCGUCCGGAGCGGGGGCCUUUUGUCUGGGGUUUGGUGGCCUCGCUCGCGGCUGCCAUCCAUGUCCAAGACGUCAGACGCACUCCAGAUUCCCGCUGGCGUCAGCAAUCUCUUCCUUCCGGACGACUACCUCACCCUGCGCCGCUUGACCCACUCCCUCGCGUUCGUCUCCGUUUCCGCUCGCAUUCUGGUUCCGCUAAAAGAACCAGUGGAACGGAUCCAGAACGCAGCGUCAAAGCCCCCUGUCUGCCACCAGCGAGUCUUAGCCCUCCUUGUAGAGAUCGAGGCGAUGGGGGGUCCGCUGGCGGCGAGAUUCCGCCGGAAGCUGCCGAAAGACCUGCUGCAGAACGAUAUUUCGUACUUUCUUUUCACCGGACAAGAGUACGAAGAGAACAUGGAAGACGCCGCUCAUGAUUUGCGGAGCACCCUACAAAUGAUGCUGGAUUCUGUGAACCGGUUGGACGACCCGCUUGCCAACUCCAGGGAAGCAGAGGAUUGGGAUACGCUAGCCGCGACCGGUGCCUUUCCGGGAGUCGAGUGCAUUCCGCCGCCGAUGAGUUUGGAAGAACAGAUGGAAAGAAUGAGAAUGAUUCGCGGCGAAUAUUUCGAAGUGGUGCCAAUACUGCUCUACACCGACAAGAGCUGGGAAAGGGACGACGGAUCUCCGGUGCUGGACGGAAAUCACUUGCCGGCGCUUUUACCCCAGGGCAAAAGAGACGCGAGCCUUGGUGUCCGUUACGGAGUGGCCUUUGUGUCCAUCCCGAUCGAAGAGAAUCUGGAAAUCAGUUUCGACGCCAUGCACGUGACCGAGUUCUGGCGCUUGGAUAAGCAACAGUUCCUGGAGCUGUACGCCGCGUGGAGCGACAGUACCGACGACCCGGGCGCGAUCUUCUGCCCGGGUUACGCAUCAAAACAGAAACAGCAGGGAAAAGGACAAUCAGAAACUCAAAGAAAAUCAGAAACUCUGAAAUUUGGAUUAGGGAUGCUGUUGAAAUUGUUUGCCCUAGACUCGGCCGAGCAGCUGUUUCUGGCUGCCCGUUUGAUGAGCGGGAUCCAUUCCGGCGGCCCGGGCGUAGUCAUCGGGUGGCGUUCCAAAGGAACUCUUGGUUCCGCAUCCUGGUUCUCAGACAAGGAAGACGCAUAUUUCAGCGGCAACGACCUCCGCGAUCUGUUGCUCGACAUCUUCCAGUUCGCCCCCACGACCAAGCCCCCAAACAUCGUCGCGCACGGACUGGGCGCGGCUUACGUCACCUUCCUGCUUCUAGCGCUGCCCUCGUAUGGCGACAUCCAAAUCGGCACGAUCGUCGUCGCCACACCCGAGGGGAGAGCCGGGUCUCUGAAGAGGCGUCUGAAUGCAUGGAACCACGAAAGGGGCCGUAACGGCGAUCCCCCAAUCCGGUGCGUGCGUUACGUCCAGACGCAUAACCGGCCGUUCGCCUUUGAGAAGCUGGUGGAGUUCGACCCUCGGCCCCGGGACGGAGAGUGUCUGGAGGCCGUCUUGCGCUCCGCACCCGUUACCACUAGCAACCCCCAAACUCCACCCCCUCUUCCCGGAACCCGUAUCUAG